GAGAGGAAAUUUCCGAAGUUGUCGAACCAGCAGAAAGUACGCUCGCAAAGCCACAAGCUUCUGAAGAGUUCAGAGCCCUCGAGGUUUAGACUGAGGAGAGGCAUGGUAUUCUGCUUGUCGGACAAAGUUCUAAUCUGCUCGUUUCAGAGUAAAUGUGAAGAGUGGGAGUUGUGCUAUCGUGAUAGUGAUUGUCAUGGUGGUAAAUGCCUCGGUAUAUUUGUGGGCACCUGUAAUUGCAAUGCUUGUCUCGAUCUUUGGCUGUGUGAGAGCGAUGCCGCAUGUGGUGGCUUGAAAGGAGCCUGUAAUCAGACGACAAGGACGUGUGAUUGCUUAGCGGUAACUGGCUUUCCAUUCUACGUGGACGCUCUUCAUGGCCUUUGCAACCAGAAAACUUGUACCUAUAAGGAUCAUGAUGAGAGAUGCUUUGGAUUACCAUGUCAUUUCGGCAAAUGUCAAUGUUAA